AGGCUUCGGCAAUGUCAACAACGUCCCCUCUACUAUGAACUCCGUCAACACACGGCCUAUGCCCGUCCAGAACAACCAGUUCCCUGCCAUCCCAUCCCUGUCGAAUGCUCCUCUGGAAGUCAACACCGCUCCCAGCCAACCCGCUUCGCAGCACUCUCCUCAGUCAUCGGUGACAUCGCCAGUCGAGGCCCCCACUCCUGCCCCUACCACCGCUGCGUCUCCCCCCGCACCGAAGCGCAAGAACACACAGAAGACUGCGGCUAUGAGCGUAGAGGAGGCCUCGCGCCUAGCUGCCGAAGAAGACAAGCGCCGCCGCAACACCGCGGCCAGUGCCCGGUUCCGCGUGAAGAAGAAGAUGCGCGAGCAGACCCUGGAAAAGACGGUCAAGGAGACCACGGACAAGAACAACGCCCUGGAGGCCCGAGUCACCGCCCUGGAGCUGGAAAACCAAUGGCUCAAGAACCUCAUCACCGAGAAGAACGGCCAGACCUCGGAAGAGGCCCGGCAGUCGGAGCACGACAUCGCUACCAUGUUCAAGAAGUUCUUGGCUACUCACCAGCAGAAGGACAGUGCGUCGAGUAGCUCCGAGUCGAAGAUCGGCGUGGGCACCGCUUAACCUUAGUCCCUUGAAAAUAUGGGUUGGUUGGUUUGUCUAUUUUGCCUCUUCUUGUUCAUUUGAGCUUUUUUUUGUAGAUGAUGAGAUGUUAUGCAGAGUCAUUGAAUCUCCCCUUCCUCUUUUUUCAUUUUUAUCCCCCCCCCCCCCCC